GCUGGUUCCCUUCUCUCUCUCUCUCUCGUCGCGUCGAUUCUCUCCGAUCGCCAGGCCAUACAGGAAGCCCUAGCUCUUCCCUUUGUGCUGCUGCUGCUGCUGCUGGGCUCCGACCGGCCUCGACGUCUGUCGUUCGCGCUCCUUCGCCAGGUUCGACGCGGUUCCGCAGCUUCAAUUUCGGCUUUCGUGACCGCCAUGUCAACUCCUUCGAGGAAGAGGCUGAUGAGGGAUUUCAAGAGGUUGCAACAGGACCCGCCGGCAGGCAUUAGUGGGGCGCCCCAAGAUAAUAACAUUAUGCUUUGGAAUGCCGUGAUAUUCGGUCCUGACGAUACUCCAUGGGAUGGAGGUACGUUCAAGUUGACUCUUCAGUUUUCAGAAGAUUAUCCAAAUAAACCUCCGACAGUACGCUUUGUUUCUCGAAUGUUUCACCCAAAUAUUUAUGCCGAUGGAAGUAUCUGUUUGGAUAUAUUGCAAAACCAGUGGAGUCCUAUCUAUGAUGUUGCAGCAAUACUUACAUCAAUCCAGUCUUUACUGUGUGAUCCCAAUCCGAACUCUCCUGCAAACUCAGAAGCCGCUCGAAUGUUCAGCGAGAACAAGCGUGAAUACAACCGGAGAGUAAGGGAGAUAGUGGAGCAGAGCUGGACUGCCGAUUAAAUUCGAUCCAGGGGCAGCAGUAGAGGAGGUCGAGUUUGGGGUUUUCAUUCGCUGAUUGUAAUCCGCAAUCGAAACAAGGGGUGUGUAACUUGUAUCCUAUAGUAAAAUGCCACACUUCAAUGCUUUGUUAUGUCAUUGUUUGAAAAAUCAUUUAUUGUGGUGCUAUUGUCUUUCCAAGCUUGGCCAGAAUUUUAAUUUUGUAAAAGGUAGAGUUGAACUAUCAGCAGUGUAUUGGUGAAGGUAAUGUAAUAUAUGGGUUUAUUUGAUUGCA